AUGAAAGCUAAUUUUCAAUAUUUUUUAAUGUUAAAUAUCGUUUGUGCAUUUGUAGUUGUCUCCAUCAACCUGUCCUCAUCAGUAGCCCAUGCAGCAAUCGACUUGAAGGAAUCUUACAUAGGAUGCUAUCGAAACAUCAGCUCAACGAAGACAGUUGCAUCAGUUGGCUCAGUGAAUGAAUGUUCACUAGAGUGCAAAGGUGAAAGUAACAAUAUGAUCGCUUUGAAGAGUGGGAAAGAAUGCAACUGUAUUGGAAGGUUAGAUUCGGCAGUGGCUUCAUCCCAGUGUGAUGUUCCUUGCGCCAAUAGAGAUGCUUGUGGUGGAAGGGACUCAUAUUCCGUUUAUAAAAGCAAGCCACGAAAGACGCACGAUGACUAUGCCAGUUUUGAAUCACGUCAGAGAGAUGUCAUUUUGAAGACAUUACCAAACACUUACACAUUUGAAAUGUGCGCACAUUUCUGUUUUGAGACAAAUUAUACGUUUUUCCAGAAGAUCGACACGUCGAACAGAUGUGGUUGCUUUCAAGAACAUGGUACAGGAAAUAGCUACUUCACAAAAUUAAUUUGUAAUACCUGCUCAAGUGACAGAUCUGAAGUUUGCAGAUGUUAUCAUCAGGGUCAUGAGGAAAAAAUAGCGAUAUUCGCAACACGCUUCCAAUACGACUUCCAGCGAGGAGUAUCGACUUAUUCUCACUGCAGAAACAGAAACAACGGAAGUUACGAAAUUACUGCAAACUGUCCCGAUGGAUGCGAUCCGGGAUGGAGAGGUGAUUCAUGCAGAGAAAGAGAUUGCUCAUCAGGUAGAGGAGAUUGUCCCGUUGGAAUGGAAUGUAUUGAGUCCACGGUGAAUGGUAAUAAGUACGUUGAAUGUGUCUGUCCCCCUGGUAAGGUCAGAAACAAAUGGUACCAAUGUGAGGUUUUCAGGAAAAAUUUAGCUUUACAUAAACCUCCUUAUUACAGUUCAACCUAUGAUGAACAUGACAACCCCACAAUGGGUGCUCAUUACAAAAUACAUUUAACAGACGGCAACUAUGACGGCUACCACAUAUCUCACAUACUUGAUGCCAUGCCAGCCUGGAUGGCGGUCGACCUGCUUAGUUUAUAUUGCGUAGGAUUCAUCAGAGCAUACAACAGAAUAAAUCAAUGGACUGACUUCCUGAAAAGAAUGGACAAGUUUGUUGUAAGGUUGAACGAAACGUUCGACGUGAGCAAUAGAGAAGACAUCAGAGACAAAGUCAACUUGUGCGGGUUCGGACCAGAAGAAGCGAUACAGGGCGGAAACCCCAUGAUUGUUGUUUGUGAGAACUUCACUAUCCUCACAAGAUUUGUUUUCAUUCAACCAUCUGAUGAGAGAAUGAAAGAUCAUCAUACAGCACUCGCAGAGUUGGAAGUAUUCGAGGCUGGAUGCGAUCUUUUCAACGGGAGGUGCGGAGAGGUGGAGCCGUGCAGAGAGGAGAAGAAAGAAGGGACAGUCACCAUCAGUUGUUCAUACAAAACAACUACUGCAUCAAACGCCAAUGAAGAAAGCAACGCAACAACUGAAGAAAGCAAAUCAACAACUGAGAGAGUAUAUGCAAGACUUCCGUCAAGUCAUGUAUCUGCAAUUGUCGGAACCAUAGGUGCCCUGUUUGCUGUUUCAGCUACGUCUGUUUUGUUGGCUUUGAUUUUGAAAAAAAGAAAAAAGAAAGAGGAAGAGAAAGAAAGUAAAAACGCGCAGUCGGAAGCUUCGCCUGAAGAAGAUGAAUUGUAG